AUGAUCAAGCAAGUCCCUGAAGGAAUGGAAAACCUGGUGAGUCUCGAGCAUCUAAAUCUGGAUCAGUCAAAGAACCUAAAUGAGAUCCCGAAUGGAGUACUUUCAAGACUCUGUUGUCUUCAAGACUUGAUCGUCGGUGAAACUCUGAUAAAUGGAAAGGAGGUUGGUGGAUUGAAGAAACUGCAGGGAACUCUUGAAGGGAGUGUUCUCCCCAAACUGUGUGCCGCUAAAUUUACAGAGCUUAGAGUUGGUGGGUGUAGGCAAUUGGAGGAAAUAAUAACAUCAGAAGUUGAACCGGAGGAAAGUGGAAUGGUUAUCACGGAGUUUCAUCUUCCACAAUUACGGCUAUUGUCGUUGAGUGAUCUACCGGAAUUGAAGAGCAUUUGCAGUGCUGGUGGAGUACUGGUUUGUGAUUCUCUUGACAAAAUUGGGAUUGUAGACUGUCCAAAAUUAAAGAGGACGGGUCUUAAUCUUCCCAAACUUGAUAAUGUCCCACCAUCUGCAUCUGCAAAUUUCUAUCUUUCAGUUCGGAUAAGACCAAAGGAGUGGUGGGAAUCAGUGGAAUGGGAUGGUCCCCAACCCAAGUCUCUUUUCGACCCCUUCGUGAGAUUUUGCCAUGGACUUGUCCUGAAUAAGAUAGAUAAACACUUGGACAAUCAUAGAAGCUUUGAUCAGCGAAUGAAGGACCUUAAAAGGAAAUUAAAGGAAUUGAAUGGUCUUAAGGAAGAUACAGAAUCUAUUAUUAGAACAGAGCUGCAGCCAAGAAAGAAACUCAAGGCUGAAGUCCAGAUAUGGUUGGAAAAUGUUGAAAGAAUCAAUGGUGACGUACAAGACCUUGAUGGAAGAAUUGGUGAAAGCAGUGCUCUUACACGUGGAUUUCACGGAGAAGAUGUGUUAAAGAGUAUAAAGGAAGCUUCUGAACUUAUUACUCAACACGGUAAAUUUCAUGGAGGUUUGGUGGUUGACAAUCCUCAAUGGAUCGGACAAGUUUUGUCGACAACAAAUUUAUCAGGUGAAGCUGUAAAGGUAUGCGUUGAAGAUAUCUGGCAUUGCUUGAUGGAUGACGAAGUUCAAAAGAUUGGAGUUUGGGGGAUGGGUGGCGUUGGGAAAACAAGCAUCAUGAAGGUUAUAAACAACCAACUCUUAAAAGAGACCGAAAAAUUCGAUACUGUGAUUUGGAUCACUGUAUCCAAGGAGAUGAGUAUUUCUAAACUGCAGAAAGACAUUGCUAGUAAAAUUGGAGUAGAAUUUUACGGUGAUGAAGAUGAAACAACGAGGGCAGGGAUUCUCUUUGAAACAUUGUCUCAAAAGAGUAGGUUUGUGAUGAUCUUGGAUGACCUAUGGGAGAAGGUUUACCUUGAGAGAAUAGGAAUUCCUGAGUCGUACUUGAAUGGGAUUAAAUUAGUGUUGACAACAGAUCAGCCGAUGUGUGUCGACAAGUGGGUUGUAGAGUUAUUAAAGUGA